GUCGUCUGUGGAAUAUCAACAAACAGGGCAAUACUCUUCACACGGCAGAAAACAAAACGUUAAAGGAAUAUCGUUCACAGAACUAAUUUAACUGUCACUAAUAAUAGUAAUGGAAAAACAGAAAAAAAGUUGAAAUAAUCUAAGAGGUUAAAUGAUCUUCAGAGUGAGAUAUAUUGCUAAACUGAUGAUUUAGAAUUUAACCUUUUUUGGUGUUUUUUUGUAGGGGGGAUGAAUGUGAUGACGUUGCUGCAAAGCUUUCCAACAAACAUGUAAGCACAAGUAUUUCCACUCUCCAGUGCGACAGACGCACCUUGAGCGUGCGUUCACAAGUUCUUGCGUCUUUUCAUAUCUUUUGAAUUAUUUCCAUACUGCAGCUCCACAGCAGUGCUUUAAUGGUCUCAUUGUGUCUCUGAACUAACUUAAAAAAAACAUUUCUUUAUGGAGUUUCAAAAUGACUUUUUCUGACUCGAACAAUGAUAACGAUAAUGGAAAUUACUCCGGAGGCACCGGUAAUCUGUCUCUCGCGGAUCACCCUUUUGCCAACAUCAGCAACAACACCUCCAUGGAGCUGACAUUGGAUUCUCAGGCAAUAGGGAUAGGGGUGUUUCUGUCCGUUUUUAUAUUAUUCGCGAUCGUGGGGAACAUCUUGGUGAUACUUUCUGUGGUAUGCAACAAGCACUUGCAGACAGUCACCAACUACUUUAUCAUUAACCUCGCCAUAGCUGAUUUACUUUUAAGUACUAUUGUGCUGCCUUUCUCUGCCUCUUUAGAGGUGCUCGGAUGCUGGGUUUUUGGCAGGAUAUUCUGCAACAUCUGGGCUGCGGUGGAUGUGCUGUGCUGCACUGCAUCUAUUAUGAGCCUGUGCAUAAUCUCGAUAGACAGGUACAUCGGAGUGAAACAUUCCCUGAAAUACCCUACUAUAAUGACAGAAAAGAAAGCGGUGGUGAUCCUAAUAGUUGUCUGGGUCUCCUCUAUGGUUAUUUCAAUAGGACCGCUGUUAGGAUGGAAGGAACCGCCGCCGACAGACGAGAGCAUCUGUAGCAUCACCGAAGAGCCGGGCUAUGCCCUUUUCUCGUCGCUUUUCUCCUUCUAUCUCCCGCUCAUGGUCAUCCUGGUGAUGUAUUUUAGGGUCUACAUUGUAGCCAGGAGGACUACUAAGAACCUAGAAGCGGGGGUGAAAAAAGAAAGGAAUAAGUCAGUGGAAGUCGUCCUUAGGAUUCACUGCAGAAGUGUCCUGGAAGAAGCCGCCGCAAGCGCUAAAAGCAAAAGCCACCCUUUCCGAAGUUCCCUGUCCGUGCGCCUCCUGAAAUUCUCCAGAGAAAAGAAGGCGGCCAAAACUCUGGCCAUCGUUGUCGGGGUGUUCAUCCUUUGCUGGCUACCUUUCUUCUUAAUUUUACCUCUAGGCUCGUUUUUCCCUGCACUGAAACCUUCAAAAGUGGUCUUCAAAGUAAUCUUUUGGCUGGGGUAUUUCAACAGCUGUGUUAACCCAAUUAUUUACCCCUGCUCCAGCAAAGAGUUCAAGAGAGCCUUCAUAAGACUUCUGAAGUGCCAGUGUCACAGAAGGAGACGAUCUCUGUGGAGGUUCUAUGACCAGAGGUGGAGAACUUCCAUCAACAGCUCGGGACAUGGCUCUUAUGGAGACAUUAAGCCCAGGUUUUCUCUAAGAGAGUCAUUUUCAAUCAAUAACUCUUUUGUUUACAAUGGCAAGGGAAGAACUCUGGGUCUCCAAGGAUGGAAUUUUUUUCCCCCUUUACAGAACUCAUCUUUCCAGCUAAAGGAAAAAAUGAACAAUCUUUCAAACAAGAUCAAGAAUGUGCCAAAUAAGAGCUCUGUGUCCUCACUCAGUAAAGUGGAAAUAGAUUCCAUUUCCAUGGGAAUCUGCAAUGACUUUGCAGACCAAAAUGAUUAUCAAAUAUAUGAUCUUACAGACUGCUAUGGGCUGAAGGAGACUGAUAUAUAAAAUUUUAGAUUUACGACUGCUACUGAGACCUGUUAAAGAAAAAUGGGACCAUUCACUCAGUGUGUGAUGAGGAAAAACUUUCAAUACUUGGGUGAGGAAAAUAUUAUUCAUUGAUUGCUAAUACCCAUGCAUUAGUAAUAUACUGUAAUAUGGAUCCCUGAUAAUAUUGCCAUCUCUAAAUAGGCAUUGCAGUACAUGUUAGUAAAGGUUGAUGGUAAUCAAAUGUGUUCUUCUUUUACUGGAAAUUGUGAAACUAGGGAGUGUUAGGUAUUUGCUCUUGUUAAAGGUUUCUGGUGAAAAGAGUUACAUGUGACUACCAUCACAGACAUGAGACAACUUUCUUAUUCAUGUCAGAAGGACAUUUUUAAGGAUUGGACAGAUACAUGUAUUUGCAAAUAUAUUUGUGAUGCUGGGCAUAGAGUGAGUAAAAAAAAUGAGUAAUAUAGACUCUAAAACUGGUCACACACACUGUAUAUGUGAGGCACCGUUUCUUUUUAAAUGGUGGCCUUUCCUAUUCUGUGCCUGUUUAAUAAUUUAAUAUUAUUGUGUGAGAAAGAACUUCCUUCAGACAUCUUUAGAAAUGGCCAUUCAGAUCCAAGCACAAAUCAUCCCCUGGGAGAAAUUUGCAGCUUAUUGAAUUUAGUAUUAGUUUCAGGGAAAAAUGUCUCCCAGUAGUUAUUUUAUUGAAUGUGAGAUAUUUAUAGCUCACAGCAGCAUUUCAGUUAUAUGGAAUGCACAACAGAGACAAACUUCAUUAACUAUGAUGUGCAGAAAAUAUACAAUUGAAACAAAUUAUUAACAUGAACCUGGAAAUAUAUGAAGACCUGAAAAAUAAAUAUCUAUAUAUAUAGUAUUUUUUGUUUCCACUUACGAUAGUAUUCAUCCAUUUCACCAGCUUUGGAACCUGUCAAGUUAGAUUUGUAAAUACAUACCAUACAUUAUACGCUUUUGUACACAAAGGUCAGCAUUGUUAGCAUAAAUAUUGAAAUUAAUUGACUCUUUGAACACAUUUAACAAUACUUUACUAAAUAAGAUCUCUAUAUAGUACAUGUUAUUAAACAAAAUUAAGUGUCAUUUUAAUUUGUUUCAGUACCUGUAUUUUUAAUUUCCUGUACAGGAAAAAAAAACUUUAGAUACUAAAACUGGUCCUGAAAUGCAAUGAGUAUAAACUGCUCACAAGAUAAGAGGAGAGGACAUGUAUAUUCAUCUAUUUACUACUUGAUACCUUAUUCACAUUCAAAGAAAAAAAUUUGAUAAACGUUCAAAUAAAUUAGGAAAAGAAGAGAUUAACAAAUAUAUAAAGUCUCCAUCUCCAUUCAUUUCAUAUCAUUUUUUUUCCAAACUGUUAUAUUACUCUGUCACACCCUAGACAGUCACCAUAAAUUCAUCCUCUUGGUUCUCUUUCAUUUGACCUCUUUUCAAGUGUCCCCAGUAAAUCCAGUUAACCAGGCAGCCUCAUCCUGUAACACUAGACAAGUGCUUCAGUCUCCUGGGUCACAAUUUCUCAUCUCACAUAAUGUAAACACAUGGUGUUGCCUUGUGUAAGAAAAAUCCACAAAUUAUACUCACUGAAUGUAUGUUCUGUUAGUAAAAGUCUAGGUUCCUCACGUAAUACAUCUUUAUAUCUCAUAUAUUUUAUAAUAUAUUUAAUAAAAUGAUUUUCUUCACUUUUAUGGAAGUAGCUGUAUAAUAUGUACAUAUAGAACACGAAUUCCUCAUUCCAUAUACCAAGGUUUGAGCAGACUCCUAGUUGGAAGCAUUGUAAAAGGGACAUAUUCAAAUAUUAUGAACUAAAUAAGAUGGGUAGGUAACCUAUAGAUAUGUACAGUAUGUGUCAUCAUUAUCAUGUCUGUAGACAAACAGACAUAAGCUGUCUAUACCGUACAUACAGUAGUAUCUGUUCCUGCAUGUAAUACUGGCAAUAUAGGGACAACAUUUCAAAAAAGAUAUAUACAGUAUAGGAGGAUAGCCUCACAAUAUACUGUAAAUGACUUUUUCCAAACCAAAAGCCCCUUAUGGUAAACAAAAAAGUAUUAAAACAUUUCUUCAGAGUCUAUAUUCACCCACCGUAUUAAAUACAAAAUACCACUCAUUUGGUUGUCCCCACAACAGAUAGAAUAUUAACAAGUAGGAGGCUGAGAAUAAUGUGUACUUUUCUCUCUUGCACAUCAAAGACUCUCGGCUAUAUACUGUACCUCUCAGUCAGGGACAAUGAUCAAAUUGCCAUUAAAAAGGGAUGAUAAUGGAAACAGCAGCCCUUGUCAGUCAGCACAGCUACUUUGGUCAUACUGUAUGUCACAGAAAAGCCCUGACCUGCCUUACAUAAAAUGAAGUCUAUGUCUGCUCAAAGUCUCAGUCUAUGUUCCACUUCCAAAGGCCUGAUGACUAUGUUAUUUGGUGUCUUUAAAUGAUCCCAAAGUUAAUGUGAAAUGUGUCCCCUCGAUGUUGUAGUCCAACAGUUUGGCAGGCCUCCUUAUUGACCUGAAGGAAAUUAGGUGUUUUAAUUUUUUUUACUCAAAUGGUUUUUAAUCUGAACUUCACUACCAAACUGCCAAGUGCCAGCUGAGUAAAAGAAAAAAAAACAUCUGAUCUUUUCUUCUUUAUAUUCUUCAUAUACAUGUAUGCUGAUUUAAAAGACAGAAUGUCCUAUUUAAAGAUGGAGGCAAAUCUCAAAUAUGUGAGAUGAUGUAAGUGUGCUCAGUUGGAUUGGAACGUGCAAUCUUUAAAUCUCUAUGAGUGGUUCAUCAUAGUCUUGGGCAAAAAUGUUCAUUUAUCAUAUCAUUCUUUGGAGUAAAAAACAAAAAAUGAAUUGUGAAAUGCCUGCCUUUUCCAGUAGAUGUCACUAACAGGCUAAUAUAUUAUAAUUCCAAAGAAAGUUGAAAUGGAUUUUCAGAAUCUUUUUUUGGUAUUUUAAAACAGCUGCUUAUACUUGCUUUUACCAGGAAGCAAAGGAUUUUUAAUUUAAUUAGGGAUGAAAGUUUCCUUAAAGUCAUGCUCACUCUUUAAACUGGGGACUCACACACCUGCUGGUUUUCAUUCCUGCUGAGGUUUUUUUUACUUAAUUGCAUCCUUAACUGAAAAAACAAAUUGUUUGACUCUAACCUCUUGCAAGUUUAUUUUUUCUGCUCAACAUUUACUUAUGAAAUGCACGAGUUAAAAGGCAACCUGUAAUAUGUUUAGGGAGUGAAAAUCACUAAAUAUGUCAGAUUAUCACUAUUAUUAGGUUAGUUAAGGGUUCAUUUCCGUAACUUGAGAGCAGCAGGUAUGUGGGUUCCCAGGACCAGGACUGGAAAUCCCUGACCUACAGUACUGUCCACCAAACUGCAAAAAUGGGCUGAAAUACCUCCUCUCGUAUGUAUCCUUUUAUGCUCUUAGGUUCUGCUGCAGGUUUUUUCAUCUUGCGUCCUUCCCAGUCUCCUCCUUCGAUUCAACCAGCUUCCUAAUUUCUACACGGAUCUUGCUGAUGAUUGAUUAAAUAAUUAAAAAAAAAACGGUUGCAGCAAAACUGUGUAAUGGGGCAGAUCAGAGUGGUGGCAAGUCAGAAAGACCACUUCUAAGGUGUUGCAAUUCCAAAAUCUACCCCCAUCCAGUGAGAUACGUUAUGUGAAAGUCAACUACUGUGUGAUGAACUUCAAAAUAUCGUUCUGUAAAAUUAAAAAAAUAUAUUACUUAUAACAAGUAAUUCAAUGCCCUUUACUGUAUAAUAUUAGUCAACCACAUUAAAAUUGAGAUGCAAAGUAUACAGAAGUGUACAAAAAAGUCCUUUGUUUUCGCCAAUUUUGGCUGAGCUGUCCACUUCUGUCCUCUGUGGUUUCGUGCCUACAGCUUUGCGUGCAUUGAGUGUGGUAGGAAGCUUCCCUGGCCGUCAUGCGCUCCUUCAGAUGCACUUAUAAGACUUAAUCUAGAUUUAUAUCAGGUGGUUGGUCUGCCCAGUCUUCCUCUGGCUGCAAUGUGUGCUUAAUAUUACAGCAGGACUAACAUUUUCAGUAAACGGCUGAUUUAAAGAUAUCAUUUUGCACAGUGAUAUUACUGGGUGUGGUUCUCCACCUAGGUUAUUUUAAAAUCAGGCAAGAGAUCUACAGUCCUUGAGAAACUAAAACAACCUACCUGAGCCACCGCUGUGCUUAACAUUCUGAACAGUUCACUUUUUAUUCCAGGCCUGUCCUGUUCAGCUGCGUUUCAAACAAUUGAUAAUGCACACUUACAUUAAGUAUGCUAUUAACCCUAUUUUUUAUGCAGUAAAAAGAGGCAUCUAUCAUCUUGAUAUUAUCCAUUGCCACCCACCUUCUUCAUUGAUCACCAUGUUAUUCUCUUCUGAACUAAUGUUCCAGGGUCUGCUGGUAUUCUCUGUAGUUUCCAGGUUGUUAUCUUAGGGUGCUUGUGUUCUUUGCCUUCACUGGGUAAUUUGUUCAUUAAUGUUUAGAAAUUAUAUAAUGCCAUUUCUCCAUAAAAUCAUAGCUAUACAUGCUAAAUUGUCCUUUUCAGUAACUGAUUAAGAUAUAUUUUUGAAUAAACCGAUCACCCUUGCCCACUUUUUUGAAACUCUCGCCUUCUUUAAUUUUGAGGUGUUAAUCAUACUUUAUACUACUGCUCAUUUUCAAACUAAUUUGUGGUUCCAAAAAUCUUCACGACUUACAAUUUAACGGAAAGAUUAACUGCUACCGAUUACCUGAAAAUUGAUUGGAAAACUAGUGGUUUGUAGUUGUUAAUGCCAACUGAUUAAAAUGACCAUUGUUUGUAGUGGUAAAAAGUGUAAUUGCUAUGUAAUUGUGUAUAUGUGUUUGUCCAUGUGUAAAAACGAUUAUUUUGUUAUAUUGUUGUAUUUGCUUUUAUAAUACAGUACAUGCAAAAGUUAGCAAUAUAAUGUUUAUUGUUAGCCAUCGAUGUCAAAGCAACAUGUACCCAAUAUAUUGUACAGGUGAGAGUGGGGAGCUACAGAGGAACAAGCAGAGGUUAAUUCCACACUGAAAAGUAAAAAGAAAGGAAUACAAUCAAAUGUGUCUGUUUUGAGCCUAAAGAAAGCUUCAUAAAUCUUUUUACUUUUCUGUGUACUUAAUCUUAAAUUAUUGUAUAGGCGUCCAACAUGUUAGCGAUAGAUUUACAAAUAUAGUCCAUGCAAAUAGUUUGCAGAGGCCAAGCAAAUAUCAAAAGCGAGUCGUUAUUGGCACAGUUGCUUGGCAUAACCAUGUUUUUAAUGCAGUGUCCCAGGAGUACACACUACAAUGUUGCUUGUUUUUUCUAACUGACCAUUUCCUUACCUCUGUAUUAGAAGGCCAAGUGCUUGGCUAAAUUAUUUUAUUUGGGCUGGGGUUGGGUAAACUGUACAGCUGAACAUAAAUACUAUUUGGGAAGCAGUACAAUACUGGUUGGGAGAUAACAAGUUCACAGUUUAGUUGUGUGAUGAUUCUAACUGAAAGACAACAAACAGACAGGUUUUAAGAGCUAAUCCAGAAUGCAGAAGCUUCCGAACAGGAUAUACAGUAACAUGUCAAACCCCAAAGAAUAUAUGCCUCAAUCAUUACAUGCCUUGAUUUCAACAUGAUUGACUGACUCUGGAUUCAGCCUAAGGUACUGUUGAAGAAAAGGCAAGUGUAUAGUAUUGCAGGAGACCAACCCUUAAUCUUAAUUAACCUUUAUCACCUAUCAUUUGCAUGUAAUGUAAGAAAAUGAUAUUGAACUCUAGAGCAGAAGAAAUCAUAAUAAAUUUUAAAGUGAGUAUACUGUACAAUUGUGAAAGAGUAAAACAAGAACCAAAAAUACACUAGGCCAUUCUGUCUUUAAUUAGGGUCCAUACAUGUCUGAACUUAAGGCAACUAAACCAAAGUACUAUCCCUUUCAUGACAGUCUUUUGCUUUGAAUAUUUUUUGUUGUAUUAUUUAAAGUUACUAAAAUGUGUUUAAUAUUUAGAAUUGAAAACAUUGUCCAUUUUAUAGGUUGACUUAAGAGUUAGCUGUCCUCAAAAGUACAACUAUGUAUUUAUUGAUGUAUACUGUAACAUAUUUGAAUUGUCCCUUGCUUUGAAGUGUCUGAUUCAUAUUAUGUGCUUAAAAACAAAGAAUAAUUGCAUAGUCAUGGUACGCACACACAGUUUUAUUGUAAAGCUGAUGUAUCCAAUUUAUUUUGAAAAUUAAAAAAAAUGAAUUA